GGAAGGGGAAGUGACCAACCAGUCAUGGUAAUAUAGCGAAGUCGUUUGUUUUUCUUAAUAAGAGAAAAGUUCAAAGUUAAAAUAUGUUUGGCGGGGAAGAUGAAGACGAAGACUUUCUGUCCCCCACAGGAGGAGCUAAGCUGGCUUCCCUUUUUGGACUAGACCAGGAAUCCAGUCAAGGAAAUGAAUCCUUCCAGUACACAGCCCCUAAACAGCCCAGGAAGACCACUACUCAGGCAGAGAACCAGAAGCAGCCUGCAGGUCCUGCAGUCCUACUGGCCUCGGCAGUUCAGGCCUUUAAAUAUAUUAAUGGACAAUACAUGAAACAGGGCAAGCUGGGGGCAGCCGUGCUGGCCAACCACGCUACAAAAGAGUACAAGCUUCUGCUAUAUUUGAGCCAACAGAAACAAGUGACUGCUGCCAGGAUUCACAUGGGCUUUAUUUUUACGGUACAGCUAAACAACUACUGCACUUUUUAUGAUGACCAGAGGCAGAACUGGUCACUGAUGUUCGAUUCAGAGAAAAAUGCAUCAGCCUUCUGCAAAGAGGUGUGUCUGGCCAAAGCAAACAGUUCAUCCUCUCUAGAAUCUGUGGUGACUCAGGAUGUGAUUGUCGGUGAGGGUCAAGCAGUGGAGACUGGAGACUCCAUGGAGGUGGUAUACACGGGCUGGCUGCUGCAGAACCACGCCAUCGGACAGAUGUUUGAUUCCAACCAGAACAAAGACAAGCUGCUGCGACUAAAAAUUGGAGCUGGGAAAGUCAUCAAGGGAUGGGAGGAAGGAAUGCUGGGGAUGAAGAAAGCUGGCCGUCGUCUCAUCAUCAUCCCACCCAACCUGGCUUAUGGAGCCAAGGGUGUUCCCAAUCGAGUUCCAGCUAACAGCACGCUAAUCUUUGAAGUGGAGCUGCGGCGGGUGAAGUUUUCCAAAGAUAGUGGUUCUGAUCAGGCCAGCACCAGCUCCAGAGAAUCUGCUGCUCCCUCCCCAGCACCGUCUGCAGCCCUCAGUGUAGAAAGUCUGAUCUCAGAACCUUCAUCAGCUUCGGGGAAACCAGGGGAGCCGCCACUGAGAUCCAAGUCGAACUCUAUGACCGAGCAGCUGGGGCAGAACCCAGAUGCCACUAAAGCCAAGCUGAUUUCCCGCAUGGCGAAGAUGGGGCAGCCCAUGCUGCCCUUUCUGACCGGAGCUGCAGGCCAGCCUGAAUCUAGUGACUCUGAGCUGGAGGAUACCAGCAUCAGAGUGAAGGAUGAUCCUGCAGCUCUGCCUCAGGGGCCCAUCGCGGCUGCCGCUCCAGCUUCUGCCGCUCCAGGUUCUGCCGCUCCAGGUUCUGCACACGCCCAUCCUCUUCCUCACACAGCUUCGUCUUCUGCCUUACUUCCCGUCAUUCCUUCAGUCGGCCCUUAUCCUGGGCUGCCAGCUAGCAGCCAUUCUUUCCAGACCUCUGCAGCUCCAUCUCAGAUGCAGGCCAUCGGCCAGGUCUAUGCGCCUCAGACUGUCCCAUACAUGGGUUCUGGGGAGUUGACUAACUUCUUGAUGACGGAGGCUCGGCAGCACAACACCGAGAUCAGGUUAUCCAUAGGAAAAGUAGCAGAUAAGGUGGAUCAACUGGCCUCCAAGAUUAGUAAUCUGGAAAAGCAGGGAACUCAGUCUGUUGGUGUUUCUGGUAUGACGAUGGAAACCUCUAUGAUUGUGCACAAUAUUAACCGAAUUGUUCAGGAAAAUGAAUCUUUGAAAAAGGAAAUGUUUGAGAAGAGCUCUCGUAUUGAGGAGCAGAACCGUAAGAUCGGAGAUCUCAUCAACCAGAACCAGAAAUACAUGGAGCAGAGCCACCAGCUGCUGGAGCAGAGGAACGACUCCCUCAAGUCCUCCAGUGAACAUAACCAGGCCCGGCUACUGCAGGCUGAGCAGGACAAGGUCCGACUGACAGAGGAGCUGGCUUCCUCCACAGCUCGGGUUUCCCAGCUGCAGCUGGAAGCUACGGCUCACCAGCAGAAGGCUUCAAAGCUGCAGGGUGAACUCAGCUCAGCACUGGAGGACAGAGAGAGCCGCUGCCAGCGCAUCGCUGCCCUGGAAGCCCAGCUGGAAGAACUGAAGGAGGCGGCAGAGCGGGUUCAGAGCCAGUACCGCGCAGAGAAGCAACGACGCAAAGAGAUGGAGCUGAGAGUCAGUGCUGUAGAAGAGGAGCUACAGGACCUGAAGUCUGAUAAAGAGAACUUAGGAAGAGCUCUAGCUGAGCGAAAGAAGAAGUGGCAGGCAGAGCGUCAGCAUCGGGAUGAGGAGGUGGAGGAGCUCCGGAGGAGCAGCCAGCAGGAGCUGGACAGCCUGCGAGCUCAGCUGCGUAAAGCCAGGACCUGCAGCGAUUCGGCAGCCUCUGAGCAGCUGUCACAGCUGCAGGCAGAGCUGGAGGAAGAAUGGAGGAAGAAGAGUGAGCAGAUGGUGGCCAUAGCUAAAGAGCAGCACCGCAGGGAGCUGUCUGAGUUAGCAGAGAGCAGGGAAGUGCUUCAGGAUCAGCUAACUCGACUCCAAGAAAAGUUCUCAGCCUUGGAACGGCAUGGAGGCGCUGUGAAAGAACAGCUGGAAAGACAAGUGGCUGACCUGGAGAGGACUGUGGAAGAACAGCAGAGUUCAAAGGACACAGCAGCAGAGGUCAAGCGAGUGAUGAAUGGAGUGUUUCACUCCCUCAGAGCAGAGUUUGACCUCAGUGAGUCCUACAGUGGACAGGCUGUGCUGGGGGUCAUCGUCACCACUAUUAAGAAUGUAACGCUGCAGCUGCUCAGUGGCGCGGAUCGCUCCUCUCUGAAACUAGAUAACAAGGAAGAGGACGAUAAAGGCGGUGAAGGGGAGGAUGGAAAGCAACUGGAGCACAGAUCUCAUGUCCAUGUGAACGGGGAACAGGAAGUGAAAGAGGCAGAGACUGUAGAGGAGGAACAUGUGGACGAUGCAGCUCAUGACCAAGUCAACGAGGCCCAGAUGGUUCAGAAGGUGAAACCAGAGCCAGUAUUUACAUCUGAGAUGUCCAGCCAGGCGGAGGACUCAGAGACUCUGGACAUUCCUGACCUCCAACUCGCUUCCAGUGCUGAGCCUGCAUCCCAGUGUCCGGAACCAGCUGAACCUGCAGCCCUGCAGCACCAGGAGCAGCCGGCUGCCUCUGAGUCAUGUACUAAAGAAUCAGAGGUGAACCAGUGUGUGGGUGCUGAUACUAGACCUGGUGAGAGCCCUCAACCUGAGGAAGAUGAGGAGGCUGCAGGGAGCAGUGAGGUGGAAGACAAAGAUCAGGUCAGAGAAACACCUGCUGCUCCUCCGAAAGCAUUCGGACCCCCAACUAACCCACCUCCACCUCCAGCUGUUAAACAGAACAGCUCUGCAAACGACACAAGUUUGACUGUAGGAUCAGGACAAGAAAAUGGAGAAGAAUCCUUUAUCCAGAGCACGCCUCCUGCCAAGCCCCCUGCUUCUGCAGAGGAAGAGGAGGAUGACAUGAGCUUAAAGGGCCGUCCGCCGCCGGCGCCUCUGUUCGGUGAAGAUGAUGAAGAUGAUGAUCUGGACUGGCUGAGCUGACUUCACAGUCCUGUUCUUGUUCCCAAAGCCAGAAUCAGCCGUGAUUGUAGAUGUGAUGAGACGCUGUACCGAUGGACAGAGCAGAGCAGGCGGUGCGUCUCCUUGGUUCAGCUGCUGCCUCAGAAAGCCCUGGUUCUGGUCCACAAAACACUUCAGAAAACAAUCGAAUCUCUUUAUUUAAUUCUUACAGAAAUUGUUGAAUAUCUUCUUUUUUACAUAGCACUUAGCAGAUCAGAUUAGUUUUUUUAAUCAGCAUCAUUGACCUUCCCAGGGUUUUAAACAACAGUGACAAUACAGUUUUUAAGAACAGAACUUUUACAGUUUUACUAACAACGGUUUCAUGUCAGAAGUAAUUGCCCCGACCUUGGAUUGUUUUUGAAUGUUAAACUUUUCCUUGUGAGCAUUUUCAUAAUGGAGACUUCAGAAAUGUAACUACUGGAUGUCACCCUUCUGAUAAUUUGGUAAGCCUGUCUUUCCAAAAUGUCAUUAAAUGAUUCCUACAAUACAA